UUAAAUACAAAAAAAGUGAACUGAAAGAUAAAAGAUUUCUACGAAAACAGAAUAUAAAUUGAAGUGUUAAUAAUUACUGUAUCGUUUUUGAAAAAAAUGGACAGAAAGCUAAUUUAAAUGUUUAUUUUCUUAUCUUCCAUCAUAGUUGACGUUUAUUGCAUAAUUUUGUUUUAAAACAAAAUCAUUGGUAUUAAUAACAUAGGCUUUAACACUAUUUUUUAGAACCUUUAUAAUUAAAAAGAUGAGUAUUUUAAUUAAAAAGACCACAACUCCUGCGCAUUAAAGUAUACAAUUCUCGGGCGUAACGAUUCUUACUCGCAUUUGUGAAGAAACAGAAAAGCAAUAAGUUGUAUUUCCUUUUUUUAUUCCUCCCUCUCCCUCACUUUGGCUGCACGAUCAAGUCCCGUUGCUCUGGUCAAGUUCAGCAUGUUGUUCCCCCGGCCCUCGCGGACGCUUCUUAUUGGUAGGCUGCGACAGUUACAUCACAGCGCUCGUGACGCGCACGUCUUCCUGUUUCCUUCAGCCGCGUCUUAAAGUGAAUCUUAGUGGCGGAGGAGCGCUCCAGCAGCAUCCAGUCCUCCGCUCUGCAUCCAGCGCGCCCAGGAGACGCACAGACGCACAGCUUCUCUCACUCUCUCUCUCUCCCUCGCUCCUGUAUUCUUUCAAGGUCUCUCACUCUUUCGACCACAGCUGAGGAUAGGAGAGACGGACGCGCAAGAGCCAGUUUUUCCCGUUUUCUUUUUUAUAUUUUUGCCUCUUUUAGUUCGCGCAGCUCAUUUUAUUCCUGCUCUUCCUUCCCUCAUAUUUUGUUCCAUCUCCUCCGCACAGCAGUCCGCGGCGCUUUUCUCUCUUUCACCGCCGCAGGAGUUCAGGUUGUGCCCCCCACAAAUCUUCAUCUGGACGGAUACUCAGAGGCUUUGACCCUAGAGGACUGGGUUUGUGGGAUAUGGCCCAGUAGCAGCAGCCCGUGAUGCCGGACCAUGACAGCGACUCCCUCCUGAACAGACAGACCAAACGAAGACGUGUGGACAUUGGUGUCAAGAGGACCGUGGGUAGCACAGCCUCCUCCGCAACAGCAGCAACUACAGAUAACAUCGCUCGCGCCAAAGCAGCAAUUUUCAGUGCCAUGAACUCUCUGAGCUCCCAUUCUCACCACGGAUCAGACAACGACUCCAUGGAGUGCUCUGUAGUGCAGCCACAUGGUGGGCCUGGCGUCAUGUCAGCCAACGACAGUGAGUCUAAAUCCAAUGUACUGCGAAAGCUACUGAAGAGGGCCAACUCAUAUGAGGAUGCCAUGAUGCCCUUCCCUGGCACCACCAUUAUCUCUCAGCUUCUCAAGAAUAACAUUGCAAAAAAUGGAGGAGGCCCUGAGAGAGGAGAAAGGGGGGAUAGAGUCGAAACAGGCUUCCCUGGAUCAGGGCUCUCUAAUGCCAGCUCUGAUGCACCACAGGAAGAUGCAUGCAGUAACUCCUCCCAGGACAGCACCCCUCAAGAGUGCUUGUCACCAUUUGGUCGUCCUCCUGGCCUGGCCACCUUUGACAUUGAACGUCUCAAUGAUGAACACCUGCGUGCCAAGCGAGCUCGUGUAGAAAACAUUAUACGUGGUAUGAGCCACUCGCCGAGUGUGGUGGUGCCUGCUGCUUCCCGUCAUGAGCGUGACCAUGACAUGGAUGGAGAACGAGAUCUAGAACUGGAUUGUCCACCUCCUCAGUCCCAACAGCAAGCCCCCAGUAGUCCACGGGGAGGUGAAGUGUGCAGCAGCAGCCGAGAGAACAAGCGCAAACAGCGGCUGCCUCAGCAGCAACAGCAAAGCUUCACCCAGCUGGUGUGUCAGAGAAAGGAACAGAAGCAGGAGGAGCGGCGGCAGCUCAAGCUGCAGCUGGAGGACAUGCAAAAGCAACUACGGCAGCUCCAGGAGAAGUUCUUUCAGAUCUAUGACUCCACUGAUGACUCAGAGCACACUGACCUUCACAAUGACAUAGGAAACAUGUCAGAGGACAGCCCAGGCCGGUCGGACACUGGUGGAGAUGACAGGGGUGGAGAUGACUUGCGCUCUGACAAUGAGAUGGCUGAUUUGGAUCCAGGCCAUUUCCUUGACAGGGCGCGGGCUUUACUUCAGGAGCAGGCCCUGCUGGCCAACAGUGAGAAGCCAAGAAGAGAUGGGCUUGGCCGAAACAAAGGACAGGUAGGUCCAGGCUCCUCCAUGCACGCAGAAGGUAAACAGCUAGCAGAAACACUGAAGCAAGAGCUGAACUCAGCCAUGACCCAGGUGGUGGACACAGUGGUAAAGGUAUUUGCUAAACCUCCUCGCCCUACUCCUCAGCAGGCCUUCCCUCCUCUUUCUAUACCCCCUGAAAGAUUUCCUACUGCUGUCAAUGGAGACAACCCAAACUUCCAUACCGCCAACCAGAGGCUGCAAUGCUUCGGUGAUGUCAUCAUUCCUAAUCCACUGGACUCCUUUGCUAGCAUGUCUGGUAUACCAGGCACUACCAAUGACCAAACUGAGGCACUGCCCUUAGUAGUACGGAAGACACCCAGUGAGCACCACCACCAGUCUUCAGCUGUGGGUGCCCAUGGUGGUAACCACCAUCCAGUUCUCCAUCCGUCAUCUCUCUCUGCUUCCAUGGGGUUCAGCCCUCCCUCCUUUAGACAUCCCUUUCCACUGCCGCUCAUGGGCUACCCUUUCCAGACUCCCAUUGGCCCACCCACGGCUUACCCAGGCAAGGACCGUACCUCACCAGACUCCAUGGACCUGCCCAGAGAGACCAUCAGUUUGAGAACAAAGAUGUCAUCAGGUCACCACCUGGGACACCACCAUCGCUCUUGUUCACCAGCACACCCUGGCAGCACAGCUGAGAGCCUGUCAUUGUCUUUGAUCAAGUCAGAGUGCAGUGAUCUCCAGGACAUGGCUGACAUCUCACCUUACUCAGGCAGCAAUAUCCAGGAAGGCCUCUCCCCUAAUCAUCUGAAGAAGGCCAAGCUCAUGUUUUUCUACACCCGCUACCCAAGCUCUAACAUGCUGAAGAUGUUUUUCUCUGACGUCAAGUUUAACCGCUGCAUCACCUCCCAGCUGAUCAAGUGGUUUAGCAACUUUAGGGAGUUCUACUACAUCCAGAUGGAGAAAUUCGCCCGGCAGGCCAUCAACGACGGUGUCACUGGGGCCGAGGAGCUGAGCGUCAGCCGGGACUGCGAGCUCUUCCGAGCCCUCAACAUGCACUACAACAAGGCCAACGACUUUGAGGUGCCUGAUCGCUUCCUGGAGGUGGCCGAGAUUACACUGCGGGAGUUCUUUAACGCCAUCGUGGCUGGCAAAGACGUGGACCCAUCCUGGAAGAAGGCCAUCUACAAGGUCAUCUGCAAACUGGACAGCGAGGUCCCCGAGAUCUUCAAGUCCCCAAAUUGUCUUCAAGAGCUUCUACAUGAGUAAAAUUCCUCCUACACCUCCAUCUCUGCUCAUUUUUUUCCGCUUCCUUUGUUUGUCGUCUCUGAUUUUAUUGAAUUUUAAAAUAAUUUCCCUUUAGUUUUUUUGUUUUUCACUAAACAUUUGAGUUUGUGUUCUUUUAUUAUUAUUUUUGAAUGUAUAAAGGUUAUGGAGUAGCAUUCCCAAUCUAAAGCCUCUGUGGCACUUCCUAAAUGAUCUAGCUAUUGUGUUGUUGUUCAUAUAUUAUUAAGGUUAUUAUAUGUUUUGUUUUUCUAACAUUCUGAAGUGAAAAGACUUUUAUUAUUGGGUGUUUUGGACUGUGUGAGCCCUCACCUGUUUGGCCUGUUUUAUGAACAAUACUACCUGAGUGUUUGGAGAGACUUUCCAUUUACACCACUACAAACACAGGCAGGGCUUACUGAGAAACUGUACCCCUCCAAUUCUAGGGGCAUCCUGAUAAACUGUCCCCUGCUUAUCACAAAGUGGUUGCCCAAUAGAGUCUGCUUUAUAAGAUGUCCCUAAGAAGACACAUACAUGCACACAAAAUCGAGGUCUAUUGUGGUUAUUGAAUGGACUAAAACUGGACUCGUGUUACUGGUCAGCACUGGUCUGCGGGACUUGGAAUGGUCUUUACAAGGCUACUGAGUUCUACCGUUUUUUGAAGUGUAUUUUCCCUUAAAAGCAGGGCAUUGUGUUUUUUUGGGUGUACAAUAUUAUUUUGAUUAAUAUUCUUAUUGUUGUUUAUGAUUAUUUGUCAUUUCUGCUUGCUGAAGAUUGGCACUUCAAGAUUUGUUUGUCCCUUGAUGCCAUUGCAGAAGAAAAUAAAUUAUUACUCUUAAUAUUAUUCCAAGCGCUUUUAAAUUCCUAAAAAUGUUCUCCACCAUAUCUCCCCCAUCCUUUUCUUUGCUCAAGUUUCUUCAUGAGGGCCAACAUGUCAGGUUUUCUAUUUGCUUCCCAAAUUAGUAAAACUGUGACAAAGACUCUAAAAAAGAAUGCAGUAACUCUUAGUUUGCAGAUAAAUAUAAAAGAGCACAGAAAUACAGAGUAAACAAAUUGCAUUUGUAUUUUUUCUUCAUAAUCAUCUUUAAAGCAUUAACAUUUCUGAAGCUACUCCACCUCAAAAUGCACAACUGCUCAUAUAUCUGAAAAAUAUUUUUUCUAUUAUUCUGCUUAGUUAGUAUCUUAUCUUAAUAACUUUUCCAGCUUUUUUCACUAACCAGCUUUUAUACAAUGAAGGCAGCCUGUUUACUAUUUAGGCUUUUAUUCUGAUAAGCCUAUACAGUGAGAACAUCACAUGUCUAGAGUUACUUCAUUUGCAGAUGAUACUUGAAUAUUUCAGGAUAAUGAAGAGACUUGAAAUUAAGGUUGAAGCUACACACAAACAUACAUUUGCACACACACUGAUCAAAUAUAACACUAUGACUAACUGUCUAAGAGUGUAUACAGUCAAGCUCAAAAUGAUUCAUACACCGCCAAAUUUAGGUUUUAAAUAAACUUUUAAUUUUACCAACAUGUUUCUUUUGACUGGAAGUAAUAGCACCCAUUAAGAUGCAGCACCAACUUGAAAUUGAUUGAGAAUACAUGGAGGGAGCUAAUAAUUAGGGUAAUGACAAGGAGGCCUUCCACUCUUAAAGACAUGAAGCUAAUCAGCACAACAAUAAACUGUCAAAAUACCAAUGGAAGCAUGCAAAACCAGGUCAACAAUUAUAAGAAGGGUUUCAUUGCUGUAAUACCAACAGAUGUUUCCACUUAUUUUAUUUAUUUGUUUUUUUCAAAACUGGUACACCAUUGACAUUGUUUUAGUAUGUUUUGAGAGAUGUCUGUCUCCUUACCUAUCAUAAACAAGCUUCUUGGUUUAAUGAUUAUGACUUUAAACCUAACUCUGCCAGGGGUAUGAAUGACUUUGGGCUUAAAUACACGAUUCCACACAAUCAAGUUCUAACAGGCUUAGGCAAACCCAUUUAUUAUGUCUGACACAUGGACACAUGCAGCAGUGGCAUCUUUCUUCCAUGUUCACCUGCCUGUGAGUGAUCCAGCACUUUUCUACAAAGCAACAGUUUGAGGUCGUAGGUGAAUGCUCACCCCGAGGGUAGAAGUUCUCAGUACUACAAAGAUCAGGGACAAAGAAGCAGGUCGUCAAACAACACACACCUGGAGCUUUCCACUUUGCCCCACCAUCUAGAAGAGGCUUCGUUUUCAGACCCAAAGUGUAAUUGUUUAAAAGCCACAGUGCCCAGAUUGGUUAAUGGCGUUCCUCAGAAUUUUACCUGUGAUUGUAAACCCAGAUUAAUUUUCCUCUUUAAUUGCACUUAUUUUUUGUAGCAUUUUUCAUGUGUGUGUCUGUGUGCUUUCAUCCACUCACUCUCAGGCUUAAGAAAAGUGAAGGAAAAAGUUGACUUGAAAAUUUUCAAAAGUGCGUGCGAGCUAGCUGAUGAUCUCACCUUGGAGUCAUUAUCUUAUAGGAUGUCUUUGUGUUUCACAAAAGAUCAAAAGGACUAGGUUGCUUGACCUGCUGACAUGUCUAAGCCAGACAAAGCACCUGACAAAAGGCAGCAGCAAAAGACUUAGAACUACUCCCUUCAUUAUGUCCCCCCUCCUUCUCCUCCCUGGACAGUGUUUCUUCUUAAGAUCGGGAACCCUGAGAAAGCGACCUGGACUCUUUUCGUACUGAAGGAUGCCUGAGUCUCAAAGCACCAGCCAAGGGCUCUAAAGCACCUCAAACAAAAGGGAGAAAGGAAGAACAUGUUUAUUAUCACUCCCCGCCCUGCCCUUCCUGGAACUCCACCCUGAUGUAAUAUAGUUUCUGCACUUAAAAAGUGUGAAGAAAAAAUAUUUUUGUCAAGUUUUCCUUUUCAAUUGUCAUUUGAUAUCCAUGAUAGAAAUAUUGAAAUACAAUUCUUUGCAUUUUCUGGUAUUUUAUGGAAAUAUAUACAGUUUUUGAAGGCUCUUUGAAAGAAAAGGUUCAAUAAAGCAGCUAUUGAGGGUAAUUUAGAUGACAGUUUUGUUGAAAUCUGUACCUUUAAAUUUCUAGAUUAGGUGGAAUAGCAGUAGGUUUUUACAGCUUUUUUUUUUGCCUGUUUUUAUUCUUUUAUUUUUCAUUACCCUUUCCUUUGUUGUGUCGAAUGGAAAUCUUGUUGAGAAAAAUAGACAUUUUAAAUGCAUUUCAAGAGUAUGAACUAUUGUUAUGGCAGAUGUAAAUAUGACAGGAUGACACAAAAAAUAGCUGUACAGAAUUUUUUUCUAUGAUCGCUAAGAGUGCUAGAGAAGAGUGAGUGAUUAAAAGACUGAGGUGGGGGGAUGGGGGGCGGGGGAUAAAUCUCCAAAAAAAAAAAACAGCCGGCCCCCAUGAGUCCCCCACCCACGCACACCCCUGCCAGGUCUUUAACAGGAGUCCAUCUCCUAUCUCCCAUCGGCAGUACCCUUGAAGUUGCCCCAGCGUCGGUUUCUUUUACUGAGCAAUGGGGCAAUGAAGGCACAGGUGGUCGCCAACAUAGACUUAAACUGAAUCCAGGAAAUAGACAGGACCAUGCUGCCAGAUCUGCCACAGAAAGGGAAUAUGUACAUACACGCUUUGAUAAAAGAGACUGGAGACAGAAGUAAAAAUAAUUUAUGCCCAUUUCUUUUUUUUUUUUUUGUUAAAGGUUUGUGGAUUUUCUGUGCUUAUCCUUACGUUUGCUUGCGCACAUUUACUGUAUACAAGUGUUUGUGUCUGUGUGAGAGAGAAGACCGAUUAUGAGAACCUGUGAACCACUGAGUGACACAAUUCUCAACACUGUGUGCCCUCCCCCACCCCUGGGAGUACCAUCCUGACAUGUAAAUGAUUCUCAUUAAGCAGUGGCAACAUGUGUUUUGGUGUGUGCGUACGUGUUGUGUGAUAUUCCUCUGAUCUGUUUUCUGACUUGUUUGAAAGAGGAUUUUGUUUCAAUGCUUUCAGUGGUAAAUCCUUUUUUAAAAAUUAUUAUUAUUAUUAUUAUACUGCUCCUCUUUUAUUGUAAAUAUUAUAUAAUGUGGACUUACAGCGAUAAAUACUGCCUUUGUAUAAGUUAGCAAUAUGUUUAUGUAAAUAGGGAUUUGUUCAUGCUUUUUCUAUGACAUUAAUAGUGCAGUAAUUCAAACUGGAACAGCCAUGUUUUUAUGCAGUCUGAAUAGCUACACAGGUUGUAAAAUAAAACUCAUAACAUGGCUGGUGUAUCUUUUUUCUGUUACUGGUGUCAGUUUGCAGAUUUUGUGUAAUUUAUUGGUUUAAUUUAUCCUAAUUUAUUUCAUGUUGUUUUACUGUUGUUUUCCAACCAGCAAAGGCUGUACUGCAUUUAAACCAGCAGAACCAGUUUGAAAGAUUUCAGUCUUUUUCUAUUUAAAAGUGAAUUUAAAAAAUCCAAAAUGUAAUUGACAAAAAUGCUGAAUGAAGAUCAGGCAGCUAAAUGGAACUGGACAGAUAAAAGGGUUUGACUGGGCAGAGGGUGGAGUUAGAAAGCUUGAAACUAUUUUUUGUUUCUCUUGAGAUUUUCUUUUAUUCUUUCCCCUGUGUUGCUUUGGCCCAGCCUGACAAAGAACCUGUAGUUAAAUUGCCUUUUGUGCCUUCACCCUCUAUGAACUGAAUGUAUGUGCAGUAUAUAUGCAAGCUUGUGCUAAAUGAAGAAAAAAAUUAAAUAAAAAUAAAAAUUGAGAGUGGAAAAUGUCAA